UUUUCCAAAACAUAAAGCGAAAGCAAAACAUUUUCUGAGCGAGCUUAAAAACGUUAAAAAUUUCGUAAUUUCUAUAGUUUUAUUCUAGUUCCAGAAGUUUCAUAUAACAUUUGGGAAUUUUUGAUUGCUGGAAAAUGUGGUAUUGAGCGGAAGAAUUUGAAAGUACUGCCAUGGAGGCGAUGACGAUCUCUGGCAGACCGGGAACAGAAUUAGUAUAUUGCCCACUGAAAUCCACGCAAAGUAACACACAACAGGGACAAAAAAGAGAUUUUUCCAAACAUUGUCGGAAACAUUGUCAGGAUUUCUUUCAACCUCCCGUGCGAGAGUUUUUGCGUCAGCUUAAGUUCCGCGGUAUAGCAUUACUGACUAAUAUACCCUACUCCUCUUGUUGUCCUCAGCGUUGGAUAGUAAGUACAGCGCAACUGUUAUUUGUGUUCCUGGCCAUCAGUAAAUAUGGAGCACGGUUCGAAACCUGUCAUCGUCGGAUCUACCAGAACAGUCAGAAGAAACAGCUCCCGAAAAAACAUAAUUGCAACCCGCUAUGCAUGUGAAAGAAUAUUUGUAUUAAUCAAGUUUGUUUAAUAAAAUGUGUCUCGGUUUACAAAGCUCUCUUUCUUUUAUGAUUCUUCAAAGAAAUGCUAUCAAAAUAUACG